CUCAUUCGUUGCAUGCCUCGAGCAUUAGGACGUCCAAACAGAUAGUAACCAGGAAAAUAUUGGUUUGUGCUCAAUUGUUUAAUAUCUAGUCGCGAGUGAACAGUGUUCAAAGAUGGUAGUUAUAUUGCGUCUGCUCAUGGUGCCUUAGCAGGUGCUUUUACUCUGCUCGUACACUGGAUGAUUAGGUUAAUUCUUAAUUUAGACCAUAUUGUCACCGAAUAUAUAUGGCAAGCCAGGGUAUCAAUGUUGCAAUUUGAUAAGCUUCCCCUGAGCAUCAACGCCGCGGAAGAUGUCCUCUGCUCUAUCCUCCACCAGAGGGAGGGCCAUUCCGGCCCCUGGCUUGGGUGAGUCCCAUUCAAAACGGUGCAUCUUGGCGGUUUCAUCCCACAUCAUCCGAGGGACUAAACAUGAGAUUCGUUGCCAUAGUCUCUUCAUAAACCGUCUCGUGAUGUUAUGGGGACGUCCGUUGACAAGUGGCCGGAAAGUGUGUCCCUUUGCAGGCCCUUCCACCAAGAACCUCACAUCCAGAUAUGUCGAGGGGGAUUUGUGGCGACCACCAACUGGCACUCUCCGCUUCACAGGCGCCCAGGGAAUAGAGCCCGACAGUAGACCCUGCAGGAUGCUCAAGUCCUGGUCAGGUAGCGGGGGAUACAGACUUUCCAACGCAGCGUGAUACCAUCUCUUCCUGAUAUUCCGCUGCCGACAAUCGGGAACUGGUCUCCCCCAACUAUUCUCUUCUGGUAUCAUUGGUUUCAACGUCUUCACUAGUGGUCGAACGUCUAGUUGUCUGAGGUAUGGAUUCUUCAGCUGGGACCGGAGAAGUUCUACCACUAUGGACGGCGGUUCCCAGCCCUCUUCAAACAUCACGGGUUGCUUGAUCAGUUCCGUCACAGCUUGCGUGUCCGUAGGUACUUCGGGAGUGAUGAAAGUGGCCAGUAAUUCGCGUCGUCGCUUCCCCGUCCGUCCGUAGGACAUGAGGAGAACCCGCUGGAGUGGUCUGGAGUAUCCCUCAUUUGCACGUCGAAGGAGUGAUAACUUCUGCAGGGCCGAUCUCCGAAUACGAGACUGCCACAGGAUGUCAUUUUUGUAGGUUGGGUCGGGGUCAUCCCUGUAGCGUCUGAAGCGUUGGACGGUGUGCGAGUGCAUGUAGACCUUGGCAACAGGGUCUGGGAGAUACGAGCAUUCGCGGAGUAAAGCCCGCAGAAGGUGCCGCCAUUGUUCUGGAGAGACGCGGGUCAUGGCAUUGAAGCUGUUGUAUACCCUCAAUAAUAUUAAGACACUUUCUGUUCAUUAAAGUUCGAGAGCGACGCGAAAAACGCCAAGAAAACCCAAAGGGGAAACGCGAACACGAAAACCCGGCGACUUUCUCAAUAAUUAUCUUCUCUCUCCGCUGCAAAUCAUACUGUUGCCGGACCUAUCAGGCAUUUCAUUCCUCUGCUUCCUGCAUCGUGCAUAUAAUCGUCCAGUUUCUGGCAGGGCUGCAAAUCCUCCCUUGCCUCCGUUUCGCGCUAGUCACGCGCCGUGGUCCGCUUCUUCGCGCGAAGGGCAUGUGCGUUCUUCCGCUUCAUCCUGGCUGCUUCGGACUGACAAAAUACCACUGAUUUGCAAACUCAAUACAUAUUACAAAAGUGUUCCGAGGCGGUUCUGUCCGACUGCGCGAGGACCGGAGGCCAGAACCAUGGCUUCGAACCAACAUCAUGCAUCGCGUUCAGACAUAUCCAUGUCGUUUUCUCAGCCCAGUGUCGGAUCUAAUAAUGGUCUAUCAUUGUCGCAGCCUCCCGUCGGCACCUUUAACGCUUCUCAAUCCAUGACGUCUACGCCUCGAGCCACAUCGCCUUCCAAGGCAUCGCAGUCUGCCAUGUCGUUCAGCUUUACUGCAAAUAACUUGUCGCAACCGACUCCGAGAAGUGGUGGUUAUACCGGCUAUGACGGGACAAGCGGUUUCGGGGCAAUGGUGCCGUAUCACGAGGGAUAUGCUCCUCAGAUUUACAGGGCUGUCUAUUCCAACGUUUCUGUUUACGAGAUGGAGGUCAAUGGGGUUGCGGUUAUGAAGCGCCGUUCCGAUUCGUGGCUGAAUGCUACGCAGAUUCUCAAGGUUGCUGGUGUGGUGAAGGCGAAAAGGACAAAGACCCUCGAGAAGGAAAUAGCGGCUGGUGAGCAUGAAAAGGUCCAGGGAGGCUACGGAAAGUACCAAGGUACCUGGGUGAACUACCAGAGGGGCGUUGAACUCUGCCGGGAGUACCAUGUGGAGGAGUUGCUGCGGCCGCUCCUUGAAUAUGAUAUGGGCCCCGAUGGAACCGGUCCGGGACAGAAUACAUUGGACACACCCACCAAGGAGCAGGCGAUGGCUGCCCAGAGAAAGCGGCUUUAUAAUGGCAUGGACAAUCGUGGCGCGAGUCAGCCGCAGCAGGGUACUUUUUUCCAGAACAUCUCUCGCACAGCUGCUACCGCCGUUAAUGCCAUUAGCAAGGCCCGUUUCGAGUCUCCCGCAGCCCGCAGUGGUGAUAGUAGACGGUCCAGCCUAAUGCGGAAGACAUCACAUCUGAUGGGUAGCCAAGAGUCGCAGCCUUUCAGUAGCCAGCAGAGCAUGUACAGCGUGACGUCUGAUAGUGGGUUUGGGAGCAGUCAACAGCAUGGCGCGCGAUACCACGCUAUUGAUGGCGCAGGUCAUGAUAUGGAGGAUACCGUAGAACCUCCGCGCAAGCGCGUCAGAUCGUCUUCGAAUCGCGCACAGUCGUUCGACUUGCACCGUGAGCAGUCAAACUUGUCAGCGAUCGACCCGACUCCGACGGAACCGAAUGAGUCUUUCUAUCAGGACAUGGAGAUGGACGGUUCGGCUGCUGUUCUUGACGGACAUAGAUCUGGUCUCGAAGCUCUUGCACCAGCUACGACACCAGAGAGGUUCCAGAAAAUGAAGCUUAUUAUGACUCUAUUCCUCGAUAAGCGGACCAAAGACUUUUCAGGCCAUCCUGCUCUAAUGCAGCUGUCAAGUGAUGAUCUGGAAAUCCCGCUGGAUGAGUAUCGAAAUAAUGCACUACAUUGGGCUGCUAUGCUUGCUCGCUUGCCCCUCGUUAAUGCCCUUGUUGAGAAAGGCGUUAGUAUAUUUCGCUUGAACGGCGCCGGGGAGACUGCGCUCCAAAAGGCAGUCGGGACAAGAAACAAUCUCGACUACCGAAGUUUCCCGCGCUUGCUACAAGUUCUUGCACCGACCAUCGAUAUGGUUGAUUACAGUGGGCGCACCGUUCUACACCAUAUCGCCGUGAUGGCAGCUACAGGUGGUGGAGGGCAUGUGUCGGCAAAGCAUUACUUGGAGGCUUUACUAGAAUUCAUUGUCCGCCAUGGUGGCACCAGUGACGAGCACGGUGGCGAGAUCAUCACUCUCGGUCGCUUCAUCUCGGAGAUUGUCAAUCUUCGAGACGAUCAAGGAGACACUGCACUCAAUCUGGCAGGACGUGCACGUUCAGUUCUCGUACCUCAAUUGCUGGAGGUGGGUGCAGACCCUCAUAUCCCCAACCAUACUGGCCUACGACCUGCGGACUACGGCGUAGGUGUUGAUAUGGUAAACGGCAAUUCCCAGUCCCAACAAAACGUGAAUCCGGAGGGUUCAUUCAUUGGCCAACUGGUCAAAUCGAAGAAAGAAAUACUUCAAGCGGCCCUCAGCCAGAUCAGCACGCUCGUCGAAGAUGCACUGGGGGGAAUCGACAGGGAAUUAGCUUCUGCUCUGGUUCAGAAACAAGAGAAAUUUGACCUCUGGCAUGGGAGAAUCCGCGAAAGUGCGAAGGCCCGCCAGAUCGAACAAAAGGAACUCGAUGAGUUGAAACGCCGAUCCUCCGAACGGGUCGAGGUGGACCGACGCAUUAGAAACCUGCAACGAUCUUCCGAAGACCUACUGGCCAUCCUGAAAGACAUGCACGGUGAAUCGUUUUCUCCGUCGGAGUCCGUUGCAAUGGGCGAAGCCGACAAGGACUCGGGAGUCGACGUCACGGAAUUUGAGACGUUGUUUCCCGAGUCUUUCGAUCCAGCUUCCUCUGGCUUCUCCGAACAACAAGCUGCGUAUCUCAAGUCGUUGUCGUCGACGGAAGUGCUGACGCAGCGUCUCCGUUGCUAUCAGGAGUUUAAUGACGAGAUACUGGCGGAAGUGGAGCGCCUUCGAUCCAAGAAUGUGGUCUUGGGCCAGAACUACCGGCGUAUGGUCAUGGCCUGUACCGGCUGGACUGCUGAGCAGGUUGAUGAAGCCGCAGAGGGAUUGACGCAGUGUGUCAAGGAGCUUAACGACAACCCGGUUCCCGAGGAUGAGGCAAUUGAGAUUCUCAUGAGAGAUCGGGGUCAGGAUUGGUAGGGCCCCUACCUUCCCCCAGAACCCUAUCUUACGGCUCAUGAGAGACGACCCUGUCACGUUCUAGCAUUUUUGGCGUUUUGUCUUGAUUACUUGUCUGUGGAUACCCAAGGACAGAUCUGGCGUGUCUGAUGUAGUCUUCAUCUUUACUGCCUAUUUAAUUGUGGAAGAGAAUCUGAAUACGCUCUCAAACCUG